AUGGGAAGGAAGAAGAAGAAGAUUGAGAAGCCAUGGUGUUGGUAUUGUAACAGAGAAUUCGAUGACGAAAAAAUUCUCAUUCAACAUCAGAAAGCUAAGCACUUUAAGUGUCAUAUAUGUCACAAAAAAUUAUUUAGUGGACCAGGAUUAGCUAUACAUUGCAUGCAGGUACAUAAAGAAACUGUUGAUAAGAUACCAGGAGCUGUUCCGGGAAGGGAUAAUGCUCAAAUGGAAAUUUAUGGAAUGCAAGGAGUUCCUCCAGGAGUAACUCGAGGAGUUUCAUUGGCUGCCGAAGAAGAGCCUGAAACUAAGAGGCUACGAGGUGACAAUUUACCACCUAUGCCACCAGGACCUAUGCCCGGAGCUCCUGGUAUGAUGGGAGCUGGCCAAGUACCUCCAUUCUUCCCCAUGAUGCCUCCUAUGAUGUCAGGAAUGUCACACUUCAUGCCUCCUUUGCCCCCUGGAGGUUAUCCAGGUCGUCCUCGGCCUCCUACUGCUGCUCCUCCAGCAUUCCCACCUAGACCAGAUGAAUAUUAUAACGCAGAAAAUACAAACGAAUACCCUGAGCCGCCUAGGCCAGUAGUUGAAUAUCCGCCAAAUCCUGCGUACCAAAGAGUUUCUAGGUUUGAUCAGCAGGAGCCUGUUGGUAGUGGAAGGCGAACGCCGCCCUUAGAAGACGAGAGCCUCACUUAUGGAAGGCUAGAAGUGAAAGAAGAAUUCAAUGCGAGAGCGCCCGAGCAUCAUUAUGAACCUCCUGUUGCUACUAUAAACCCGCCACCAGCUUCCAAGUUAGGUGCUAAAACUAAAAUUGUUCAUCCCGACGAUUACUUCACAUCAUUGGAAGAAAGAAGAGCGAAGAGUAUGAUGUCAGGUCGGUCCACAUACCGAUAG